AUGACUAGAGCUGACGCAAUCCAAUUUGCAAUCACCCAAAUACCAGAGAUUUUGCCAUUAGAGCAAGAUGAUGUCAAAAAAUUAUGUGAGCAAGUUCUCACCUCGAACAAGACUCCAGAAACAAUAGCGCAAGGUUUCCUAGAUAUCCUAGGUCAUGAAGAUCUUUCAUUUGAAUUUGUGAUUAAAUUCAAUGAAUUACUGAGCAAAAAAACUCAAACACAGGAUGAUGAAGUUACGUCAAUCGUACGACCACCUCGAGAGAGGGAGUUCAUAUCACCACUGCAACAGGAUAAAUCGACUUCUCCUCUCCCUCCUCCUCCUCCUUCUCAGUUAAAGCUUAAACCUGAAGAAAAGAAACCUCUCCUGAAGAAGGACUCAACGAAAGGGACCCUUGUUAGCGAAAGAUUGACGAAACCGCCUGCUUCAAUUAAGAAGGAAUCCAUGGAAAAGAGUUCAAGAAAGAAUGAGCAAAAAAACAAAACAAAGAAAGUACAAUCUUUACGUGAUAUCGAUGACGCAGUGAAAUUCUUAGAACUAAACAAAGAAGAGAAGAAUUCUAAGAAGUACGUUUGUAAUUGUCAAGGUUUAAGACAUCCGAUUUUCGAAUUGGCUCCUAAUUGUUUAUCAUGUGGGAAAAUCAUUUGUAUUAAAGAGGGGUUACAUUUGAAUAAUUGUUCGUUCUGUGGUGAGGAACUUAUCCCAAUUGGUGAGCGUGUUCAGAUGUUGGAAGCGUUACAGAAUGAGAAGGAUGAGGUUACUAAGCUUGAUCAGGAGAAUAAAUUGAAAGCUAAACAAAGUGUCAGGAAACCUACAAAAACUUAUAAGAUCUCCUCAGGUAUGGGGAAAAAUUUGUUCCAAGAACAAGAUAAAUUAUUCGAUUUUAUUGAGAGAAAACGGGAGAGAGAAAGGAAAAGAGAAGAAGUGUUAAACUCUGAAAAUAACAUUGAAUCAAUGGGCGUUUCUGAGAAUGAUUCAACGAAAAAUGUUAAAGAAGAAGAUAAGGACCUUAUUGUUGCACAAGAGAGAUUGAACAAGUUAUUACAUUUUCAAAAUACAUCUGCUGAAAGGACGAAGAUCAUUGAUAAUGCAAGUGAUUUUAGUAUGUCAAAUGAAGUGGGAUUAUGGGGCUCUGCUCGUGAGAGAGCUCUGUUACUAAAGAAGCAACAGCGUAAUCUAAGGAAGUGGGAAAAGUUAGAAAAGGAAAGAAGUGGGAAACGCGAUAAAUACGUAGUGAGCAUGAACAUUGGGAAGAACGGUAAAGUGACUAUGUCGGAGGUAGAAAAGGAUGAAAAGAUGAUAGCAGAUUCGGAUGACGAAUUCGAAGAACUCAGUGAUGAAGAAGAUAUAGAAGAUUUAAGAGCUAUCAAAUCCUUAAAGAAGGAAAUUAAUGAAGGUAAAGAACUGGAACGAGAAGCACUACAUUCCAGUGUUUGGGAUUAUCAAGAAGAUAAAAAGAAAUUCGAACGUCCUGUAUAUAUCGGCGAUUCACAUCCUUCUGAAGAUGAGGGCGAGAAUGCAAAUUCAAAGCAGUGGAAAUCUAGAGUUCAAAUCUCAACCAACGACGAUAAUGCGUUGGAAGAAAAUAUCUUGGCGGUUCUAUAG